AGUAAAAAACAACAACAAGAUGGCGUUUUACGGAAAAGGCCUUGACGUGGGCAUUAUAGUUCUGUAUUUUUAAUCAGUGCAUACAUUUGCACAUAUAGGUUUUUUCAUACAGUCAAUGUCGUUAGUAACUGUUUGUAUUCGGAUACAUUAAUCUGAGCCCACUUUGAAGCUUCUAGUGCUAGCUAGCUAGCUUUAGCUUGUUAGCUGCUAACACGGACGCGGAAUAUAGCAAGCAGAGGUCAAACAAAUGUGAGUGUAAAGUGUUGUGAGUGUGUGAAAAUGUGCGAGAUAACGAUAGCAGACUUUAAGAAUGAACUCUCUCCAACAAAAGAGGAGAACAAUCGACAACUUCAACUACUGGACGCUGUUUUCCAGAAUCGAGUUGUGUUACACAGCACAGACAUCCAGCAGCCCCCCAACAUCAGAGAGGAAGAGGAGGAACUCUGGAUCACUCAGGAGAGAGAGGGUCUUCUUGGGCAGGAGACCGAUCUCACCAAUUUUCCACUGACUGUUGUCUCUGUCAAGACUGAAGACCAUGAAGACAAACCAUCUGAGUCUUCACAGCUUCAUCACAGUCCAAUUCGCCAAGAAAAUAUUUUCCCAAAGCUGCAGGAAGAGCUACAGCCCCCCCACAUGAAGGAGGAAGAGGAGGAAUACAGCAUCAGGCAGCUUGAAUGUCAUGAGGAGUUCCCAGUGGUUGGUGUGAAUGUGAAAAGAGAAGAGGAUGAGUUCAAAGGUGAAAGUGAGGAGAAGAAAGAGGCGGAGCUUCCAAGCAGCAGCUCAACUCAACACAUGACAACAGAAGCUGAUGGAGACCACUGUGGAGGAUCACAAGCAGACAAGAUCUCAGCCCCACUAUCAGAUAGUGACAAUACAAUGUCACUUUCUCCUGACUCUGACGAUGAAGACUCUACAGCUGAUAAGACACAUCACGCUAACAACGCACGCUUUACAUGCUCUCACUGUCACAAAACCUUUCCCAAGAAACAUCGACUGAAAAGUCACGUGAAAUAUCACACAGGAGAAAAAACAUUUCUGUGUUCUGUGUGUAGUAAAAGAUUCUAUGAGAAAGCACACUUGGUAAUGCACAUGAGGGUACACACUAGCGAGAAACCCUUUUCCUGCGCAAUCUGCGGUUUAUGUUUUACACGGAGCGGGAGUUUGAAAGUGCACGGGAGAACGCACUCUGGAGAAAAACCCUUUUCUUGUUCAAUGUGUGGUUUGUGUUUCACACGGACUGAGAGUCUGAAAGUGCACUCGAGGAUACACACUGGGGAGAAACCGUUCUCCUGUUCAGUGUGCGGGGCGACUUUUGUGCAGAAUCAGCAAUUGAAAAAACACAUUAGGAAACACACUGGAGAAAAACCUUUUUCCUGUUCAAUAUGUGGUUUAUGUUUUACACGGAGUGAAAGUUUGAAAACCCACGCGACAAUACACACUGGAGAAAAACUUUUUCCCUGUUCAGUGUGUGGUACACGAUUUUUAAAAAAACAAAAUUUGAAAAACCAUAUGAGAACACACACUGGAGAGAAACCUUUUUCCUGUUCAAUCUGCGGCGUGUGUUUUACACGAAAGGAAAGUUUGAAAGCCCACUCAAGGACACACACCGGGGAAAAACCUUUUCCUUGUUCAGUGUGUGGCACAAGUUUUGUGCGGAAUCAAUCCCUGACAAAACACAUGAGAACACACACACUGGCGAGAAAGUGUUGAGUUGCAGUGUGUGUGAUAAAAUAUUUUAUUAUAAGUAGCAGCGUAAGAAACACGUGUCUGUAAGAUCAGUAGCGGCAAAUGAAUCUGCAGAAUUUUAAACAUAAUGAUGAUGUGUGACAUCAUUAUUGUGUAAUACAUUUUUAUCAAUAUUUAUACCGUUUAUAUGUGUAAAAAAAUAGUAAGAAAAAUCUGUAGCGGUGUCAUUUGUGUGUUGUAAAUAACAACCACGGGCAAAAGGAGAGACUGAAAAGCUGCUCUGUUGUUAGCCUUAAAACUGGUUAGUAAGCCAGUCUGGUUGCAUGACGUCAUCGUCUAUUUUACAUUAUUGGCCAUGACUCAAUUACAUAUCAAUGUAAUGGACACUGUAGAAAGACAUAAUACAUUUGAAAAAUAACACAUUUUUUUAGAACUCCAAAACCAGUGAAGUUGGCACUUUAUGAAAUUCGUAAACAAACAGAUUUCAAUGAUUUGCAAAUCAUUUUUAACUUAUAUUCAAUUGAAUAGACAGCAAAGACAAAAUAUUUAACGUUCCAUCUGAGAAAUGUUUUUUUUUUUAGCAAAUAAUCAUUACUUAGAAUUUAAUGGCACCAACACAUUGCAAAAAAAGUUGUCACCAGGGCAUUUUUACCACUUUGUGACAUGGCCUUUCCUUUUAACAACAUUCAGUAAACGUUUGGGAAUUGAAGAGACCAAUUUGUGAAACUUUUCAGGUGUAAUCCUUUCCCAUUCUUACUUGAUGUACAGCCUAAGUUGUUCAACAGUCCGGAGUCUCCGUUGUAGUAUUUUAGGCUUCAUAUUGCACCACACAUUUUCAAUGGGAGACAGGUCUGGACUACAGGCAGGCCAGUCUAGUAACCACACUCUUUUACUACGAAGCCACGCUGUUAAAACACGUGGCUUGGCAUUGUCUGGCUGAAAUAAGCAGGGGCGUCCAUGAUAAUGUGGCUUGGAUGGCAAUUUAUGUUGCUCCAAAACCUGUAUGUACCUUUCAGCAUUAAUGGUGCCUUCACAGAUGUGUAAGUUACCUAUGCCUUGGGCAUUACUACACCCCCAUACCUCCACAGAAGCUAGCUUUUGAACUUUGAGUCUAGAACAAUCCGUAUGGUUCUUUUGUUCUUUGUUCCGGAGGACACGACAUCCACAGUUACCAAAAACAAUUUCAAACCUGGACUCGUCAUACCACAGAACACUUUUCCCCUAUCAGUCUAUCAUAGAUGAGCUCGAGGCCAGCGAAGCAGAUAGCGUUUCUGGGUGUUGUUGAUAAAUAGCUUUCACUUUGCAUAGUAGAGUUUUAACUUGCACUUACAGAUGUUGCGACGAACUGCAGUUACUGACAGUGGUUUUCUGAAGUAUUAAUGAGGCCAUGUGGUGAUAUCCUUUACACACAGACCUCUGUUUUUGAUGCAGUACCGCCUGAGGGAAUCAUCGCUUAAAUGCAGUGAUUUCUCCAGAUUUUCUGACACUUUUGAUGAUAUUACGGGCCGUAGGUGGUGAAAUCCCUAAAUUCCUUGCAAUAGCUCGUUGAGAAAUGUUAUUAAACUGUCGGACGAUUUGCUCACGCAUUUUUUGACAAAGUGGUAACCCUCGCCCCAUUCUUGUUUGUGAAUGACUGAGCAUUUACUGGAUGCUGCUUUUAUACCCAAUCAUGGCACCCACCUGUUCCCAAUUUGCCUGUCCACCUGUGGGAUGUUCCAAAUAAGUGUUUGAUGAGCAUUCCUCAAUUUUCUCAGUCUUUUGUGCCACUUGUGCCAGCUGUUUUUUAAACAUGUUGCAGGCAUCAAAUUCCAGAUGAACUAAUAUUUGCAAAAAAUAACAGUUUUCCAGUUCGAACGUUAAAUAUCUUGUCUUUGCAGUCUAUUCAAUUGAAUAUAAGUUGAAAAAGAUUUGUAAGUCAUUGUAUUCUGUUUUUACCAUUUACAAAAUGUGCCAACUUCACUGGUUUAGGGUUUUGUACAAAUAAACGUUUUUAUGUCCUUUCUUUUUAUUGUUUUAAUGUCCAAAACAAAAUAAAGUGAGUGAUUGUUGCCUACCUGCAGGAUUGGAAGGAUUACUUUAAAGAUGUAAUCCAUUACAGUUUAAAGGCCUACUGAAAUGAGAUGUUCUUAUUUAAACGGGGAUAGCAGGUCCAUUCUAUGUGUCAUACUUGAUCAUUUCGCGAUAUUGCCAUAUUUUUGCUGGAAGGAUUUAGUAGAGAAGAUCGACGAUAAAGUUCGCAACUUUUGGUCGCUAAUAAAAAAGCCUUGCCUGUACCGGAAGUAGCAGACGAUGUGCGCGUGAUGUCACUGGUUGUGGAGCUCCUCACAAGCUCACAUUGUUUACAAUCAUGGCCACCAGCAACGAGAACGAUUCGGACCGAGAAAGCGAUGAUUUCCCUAUUAAUUUGAGAGAGGAUGAAAGAUUUGUGGAUGAGGAAAGUGAACGUGAAGGACUAUAAAAAAAAAAAAACUAGACAGCAGAGCAAUUCAGAUGUUAUUAGACAAAUUUAUUAGGAUAAUUCUGGAAAAUCCCUUAUCUGCUUAUUGUUUUACUAGUGUUUUAGUCAGAUUAUAUGGUCGUACUUGUACAACCUGAAAGUCGGAGGGGUGUGGCCACAGGUGUGGUGACCGCCAGUGUCUCCGAGGGAAGCCGCAUUUCUCGAUGAGGCGAAGGCAGCCGAUACUUCCUCCACGGUGCAAGCAUCCGACGGUCAGGGCCGGCCGGUGGGAGGAGGCAAGAGAGUCCGCAGCUGCCUCUUUGACAGGUGCAGGAGGAACGACGCAAGCUCUCCGCUCAUGUCUACGGUAAGAGCCGACUUAGUACCACCAUUUUCUCUCCGAAACCUGCCGGUUGACAUGUGGUAGGGAACCGUGUUCGCUUGACCGCUCUGUUCUAUACUAAAGCUUUACUGUCAUCUUUCGGGAAUGUAAAAAAGGAAACAAGGAAACACCGGCUGUGUUUGUGUUGCUAAAGGCGGCCGCAAUAAACAGCUUCCCACUUACAUCUUUCUUCUUUGACGUCUCCAUUAUUAAUUGAAUACAUUGCAAAAGAUUCAGCAACACAGAUGUCCAUAAUACAGAUGUCCAUAAUAGAUGAAAAGAGAAGACUUAUAGUUGUGAACGGUGCUGGACCAAAAUCGUUUUUAAUCAUAUUUAUCUUUUUUUUAUAUCGGUUUUAUAUGUAUUUAUUUUAAUUUUUUGUUUUUAUUCAGUCAUUGGAGGAGCUCGGGAUGGUAUUUGAAUGUUGUUUUUGAUGUUGUUGUGCAGCACUUUGGAAACAUAUUGUUGUUUAAAUGUGCUAUAUAAAUAAAGUGGAUUGGAUAGGAUUUACAGCACAGAGCAAAUCAAACAAUGCGGAGAAUAAAGACGAGUAUAGCAAGCAUGCAUACAACAGAACAUAAUGUAAGGGUUUUUUUCACGUGAUUGAUCAUUGCAGCUGUAAUAUAUUUUAUUGUAGUAAAUGUUUCAUAAAGUCGCUGCUUCACCUUUUCACACAGCACAAGUCCUUUCGUUGACAGUUUAUUGGCAUGUCAUGGACAGACUAGAUUAGCCAAUUCCUGAAGGAAUUGCAUGUGAAUGCUUCAAAUCUGAAGUUCAACUGAAAUCCUGGAAUUUCUUUUAGAAUUGUUGAAGUAGAGCACACAAUUCCCAAACAAGCUGAAUAUUUUGAAGUUGGAACAGUUUGAAUCAGAUAAAAAAUGUGGGAAUUGGGGAACUUUAAAAGAAUGUCCCGUUGAUUUCAAUGGGAAUUUCCAAACAAUUUAGGAAAAGCGGGAUUUAUUUUUAAAAUGCUAAAAAAACUUGAAUGGCCUGAAUGAGUUGACAUAGUGGGUGUUGGAAUUUUUCCAAUCGGUCAAUAAAUGUUGAGGUUGUAACAUGUUGUAUUAAGAAAUGGAAUUACAGAAUUCCUGGAAUUUGGGGAAAACUAGGAAUUUUUCCAGUUCAAAAAAGUACUUUGUUUUUUUGUCGUGAUUAAGAGGAAUGUUUUGACGGGGGAACGGUUGAAAUGGGUUAAAAAAAUGUGGGAGGAGUAGUCGCCAGAAAAAAUGGUGGAAAUAGAGCAUUGGAAAACAAGGAAUUCUGGAAAAUCCUGGAAUUUUUUUUAACUUGGGGAAAAUAAAGGUAGCUUGAAUUUCCAGGAUGGUGGAGUGUUGAAGGUGGAAUGGUUUGAAUAGGUCGAAAAAUGUGGAAAUGGUGAAUUGAUUUUGAAUGGGAAAAAUGCCCCGGAAAAUAGAAUCGAAUAGAAUGCCUUUUAUUGUCACUAUACACAGGUACAAUGAUACUAAAAGCAACUCCAGUAUCAGUGCAAAAGUCUACAAAAUAUGCAACACAUAGGAAAGAAAGAAGAAGAACAAUAGUGCAAAAGGAGCUAAGAUGCACAGUCCAGUUGUCAGGUUUGUACCUGACAGUUUGGUCAUGUUUUAGUUUUUCCUCUGUGUUUGUCUUAUUUCCUGUAAGUGCUUUUAUUUUGUCUUUAUUUCCUGCUGUUAUCACUGAGUGCCUUUUCCCCUCAGCUGUGGCUGAUUGGCACCGGGCCACACCUGGUGUCAAUCAGCUAGAUGCUAUUUAGACCUGCUUGUUCCUCCACUCUGGGCUGGAUUAUUGUCAUCAAUACUUGCAGCUCCUCCCUGUUAUUUGUCGCUAUUCCUGUAUGCUGUGGACUACUUUCCGUCUUUUUGUUCCUAGUUCCUGUUUGCUGGAUCCUGUUUCCCGUUUUCCAGUUUGGCUGUUCCUAGUUCCUGGUUUGUGUUUUUUCAUUUUUAAAGAUUAAAUUAUGUUUUCCCGCACCAUGCCUUCCGCCAUCUCUGCAUCUUGGGGUUCGUCACCAACUCAACAUGACACCAGUCCUGAGAACGAAUAUUCUGAACAUGUUGUUUAAAUAUUUUAUUAUUGUCAUGAUCCGUGGCAGGUUCAUGUUUUGUUUAGUCACGUUCUGUUAGUUCUGGACUCCCUCAGUUCCUGUUUUGUGCAUGUCUGGGUUUGUUUUCCUUUCCUUGGGGAUUAAUUGGGUUCACCUGCCUCUGGUUAGUGGUCGGCAUGCUCACCUGCUGUUGACCACUAAUCAAAAAGCUAUUUAUUCGCCUUGCUCAUCACACUCGGUCUGGGUUCAUUGUUACGUUCAACAGUUACGUGGGUUUUCUUGUUUUUUAGCUCUUGAUUCCUGUUCCAAGUGGUUACCAUAGCUUCCUGUGCGAGCAGCACGUUUUUCUUUUGUUUUGUUUUUGUCUGCUUGUAUCUACGGUGUAGGAUUUAUGAGAAAUAAAUCAUCUCCUACCUCAAGCUUUCGUCCGGAGUUGUCCGUCUGCAUCCCGGGAGAACGACCCCGCAGAAAGAUGCGACCCCAACCUAACAAUUAUAUACAUAUGGACAGACGCAUUCAGACUGUGGGUGGAAAGUAAAAAUUGCCCGCAGAGAGGUGCUAAACUGUAAAAUCAGUCCAUAUGAGAGUUCACUGUGGUUAUUGCUUUGGGGAAAAAAAAACUGUUCUUGAGUCUGUUGUCAUGGCCCGUGCGCAUGUCAAUGCGCACUCAUCUGUGCACUCUGCAGCAGGCAGCUGCAAUAAAUCUGCAAUCUGCACACCUGCCACUGAUGAGCUCC